AUGGAAACCCUGGUGGUGUAGUGGUUAAGUGCUAUGGCUGCUAACCAAAAGGUUGGCAGUUUGAAUCCACCAGGUGCUCCUUGGAAACUCUAUGGGGCAGUUCUACUCUGUCCUGUAGGGUCCCUAUGAGUCGGAAUCAACUCGACGACAAUGGUUUUUUUUUUUUUUUAAUGCUAUAUGCUGGGAGUACAACAUGACUGAACCCUCCUCACCUUCCUUCUUCAUGGCCAAAGGGGAAUUAUAAGAGUAUGAAAGUGAAUAUCAGUGUAACAGGGCAGGUGUGAUUAUGGGGGUACAUGAAUAACUGUGUGUGUGUGUGUGUGUGUGUGUGUGUGUGUGGUGUUCUCCCCCCCUCCUUUCACUUUCUUCUUCUGUGGACCUCUCUGUCAGAGCAAAGGACUGUGAAUCAUUUCUGGCUUCAGUUUCCACUUGAUGUUGGAAAAAGAACUCUUCACAUGAUCGUUACUUUUUUGUUGUUUGUUUCCCUCUUUUCUUGUAUUAGUUGGAAUACUGGAACUAACAAUGUCAAGAAAUGUGGAAUUGAGGAUUCUCUGCUAGUGAUUUCUUUUUCUUUUGUGGGGGAGAAAAACUACAAAGGUAAGUGAGCCAAGCGUCUGUAUCUUUGUCCUUUCCGCUUUUCUCUUUGGUCACUGACAGGGCUGUAUCUUCCCCUGAGCCAGAAACAGUGUCAUCCACCCAUAUUGCUUUUCAUUUCAAGUUGGCAGCAGCUUUGGCAGCAGUGCACUUGUUUGGCCUGGUGUUUUCAAGGUGUAGUUGAAAGGAUUUUAGCAUUUGUGCCAUUUACAGUAAAUAAUGCCCCUUUUCCCCCCACAUCUUUUCAUCACCCUGAAUUUAGGAUGGUGCCAGCACUCUUUCCUCUUGUACUUGGAGCCUUUAUAGUUGAACAGUACUUCUGUCCUACUAGAAUGUAAACUCCAUGGGUAUAGGACCUCUUGUUCAUAGCUGUGUUCCAUCACUUAGAAUGUUCCUGUUGUUAGCUCGCGUCGAGUGGGCUCCUGAUUAAUGGUGACCCCGUGUACAACAGGAUUGGGCAGUUGUGAUCCAUAGGGUUUUCAGUGGCUGAUUUUUGGAAGCAGAUUGCCAGGUCUUUCUUCUUAGUCUGGAAGCUCUGAAACCUUUUUAGCAUCACAGCGAUACACAAGCAUUAGGCUGUGCAUCGCAGCUCAUAAGGCGCAUUGGCUAGGAAUUGAACCCAGACCUUCUGCAUGAAAGGUAAGAAUUCUGCUGUGGGAUUACCAAUGCCCUCACACUAAGAAUAGUGCCUAGCAUAUAGCAAACUCGCAGUAAUUAUUGUUUAAUGAGCGAUCAGUGAAAAACCCUACCCAGAAGAUGGAGCGAAUCUUUACUGCACAGAUCUUGUUUCAGGGUAAGGGGUUGUUCUUGCUUUUAUGCAGUUCCUAUUCUUUAUGAAGCUGUGUUGGUUCACAGAGGGUCCAUGGGACGGGACUGCCUUAUAACCAGUAUCAUUUUCUGGGGUCACUAAGAAGAUUCUUACUGCUCAGCUUACCCAGGGAUAAAGAGAGAGGCCCUAAUUGCUACUUUUUCUGUGCCUGUGGGAUUGGGAUACAAAGUCCUUGUGACAUUAAACUAAAAUCCUGGCGAGGGGAGCAGGGCUCAUGGCAGUGAAUCCUUACAGUCCUGGGGAGCCUUCUGGGCUUAUCCUGCAGGGGCAAAAGUUCUUAUCUUUUUGGCUGCGGCACCAUGGAAGUAGUUGCUAGAAUUCCGCGGGGCAUCCAUCUGUCCACUAGGUCAUAAAAAACCCCAAGGAAAAGCUGAGAGGCAGGUUAUUUUCAUGGUGAAGUGUUUAAGAGCCAGGGAUCUCCAAUCAGAUUUUCUUGCUGGUAUCUUUGCCUCUCAUUUCUCUUAUGUGUGAUCUUCAGCAAAUGACUCAUUUUGUGUCUUAGUUGCUUCAUCUGUAAAAUGGGAAUAAAAUAGUACCUACUUAGGGUUGCUAUGAGUUGGAAUCAACUCGACAGCCUUGGGUUUGGGUUUGGUUUUCAUAAGUGUUGCAUGAGGGCUGAUAUAGGUAAAGAGCUUAGAACAUGCCUGGUACAUAGUAUCAGUGCUCAAUAAAUAUUCAUAUUUACUUACUUGAUACAGAGAAAAUUGAUGCCCCUUUUACUCAUUUUCAUUCUAAUAUGCUUCCCUGAGAAGGAUGAGAAGGCACAGAGGUGCAGUUGAUAUUCUGGGAAUUUCAUAUAGGCCUAGCUUUGCCUUUGGAAACCCUGGUGGCAUAGUGGUUAAGUGCUACGGCUGCUAACCAAAGGGUUGGCAGUUCGAAUCUGCCAGGCGCUUCUUGGAAACUCUAUGGGGCAGUUUUGUUCUGUCCUAGAGGGUCGCUAUGAGUUGGAAUCAACUCGACGGCACUGAGUUUUGCCUGUGGAGAUGUGCUGGUCAUAUGAUGGCAUGUAGCAUCAGCUUCUAAUGCCCUCAUCCAUCACUUGUGUCAGGUGGAAAACGGAUAGAGAACCUUUGCUCUGGAGAACUCUAAUUAUUGCCAAAGCAGGCCAUGCUCAAUUAGACAGUGUCAUGAUUUUUAAUAUUUGAAAAUUCCAAAUUUGCUACUCUGUGAUGUAACACUUUCUUCUACUUCCCUCCUGCUGUUGCUUAUACAGUUGAGUGGAUAUGAGGCUGCACUUCCCACACACAUACCCAAAUAUCUCUGACUGCUGGAAUAUUAGGCCCAUCUAUGGUAUCUCCUUGAACCUUCAUAAUAAUCCUAUGAAAUUAGUACCAUCAUUAUCUUCAUGAAGAGACUGAGGCUCAGAGAGGUUAAAUAACUUAAGAUCACACAUGAAAUGGGUGCUGGAGUCAUGAUUCAAAGUAUCUGCCUCAACUGGAUCUUAUGCUGAAGACAUUUCUUUGUGGGUUCGUCUAAGAGGUGGUGGUGCGUUCUCCUCUCUGCUCUGGAAUUGGCUCUGUUUUAAGGCAAAACUGACCAGUCCCCUUAACCAUAACCAAACAUUACUAUCUUGAGAAAAUAAGUUAAGGAAUGAGAGGUAAGGAAGAAAGGACAUUCAUCUUGGAAAGACUCAAAGCACUUUGCAAUUUUAACGGAAUGUAAUGCUACCUGCUAAAACCACCUUUGUCACCAGAAUGGAUCAAGUGCUUCAAAUUUAAACGAUAGAUCGUACUUAGGAGAGCUGCUAUGACACCAAGGGGAGGUGAAAACUAGUGGAUGAAAGUUUUGCCAUGCACUGAAAGAAAAGCAUUGUCUGUGAAGUUUCUGCUUUCAAAAAUGUCUGCUUGUAACACCUUUACUGAGCACGUUUGGAAACCUGGUGAAUGCAAAAACUGCUUUAAGCCUAAAAGCUUACACCAGCUUCCCCCAGACCCUGAGAAGGCACCCAUCACCCAUGGCAAUGUGAAAACUAAUGCCAAUCACAGUAAUAACCAUCGCAUCAGGAACACCGGGAAUUUCCGGCCUCCUGUGGCCAAAAAACCCACUAUAGCUGUGAAGCCCACUAUGAUGGUGGCAGAUGGGCAAAGUGUUUGUGGUGAGCUUAGCAUCCAAGAGCACUGUGAGAACAAACCUGUCAUCAUAGGGUGGAACCGAAACAGGACUGCCUUGAAUCAGAAACCACUUAACAAUAAUAAUGAAGAUGAUAUUGAAGGAUUUAGCCAUGUUCCUAAGCCUCACAGCAGUAAUGACAUUGCAAAGAAGAUAUCAAAUAACAAUAACGGACUAACCGAAGUGUUAAAGGAGAUAGCAGGCUUAGAUACCACCCCUCAGAUAAGAGGAAAUGAAACAAACUCUAGAGAAACAUUCUUAGGAAGAAUAAAUAACUGCUACAAACGAUCAUUGGAAAGGAAGCUUCCACCAAGUUGCAUGAUGGGAGGGAUAAAGGAUACUCAGGGAAAGCAUGUUAUUCUGAGUGGGAGCACAGAAGUGAUCAGUAAUGAAGGGGGCCGGUUCUGUUACCCAGAGUUUUCUAGUGGUGAGGAAAGUGAAGAAGAUGUAUUUUUUAGUAACGUGGAGGAGGAGCAUGAGAGCUGGGAUGAGAGUGACGAAGAGCUGUUGGCCAUGGAGAUCCGCAUGAGAGGACAACCUCGCUUUGCUAACUUUAGGGCAAAUACAUUGUCUCCUGUUCGAUUCUUUGUGGACAAAAAGUGGAAUACUGUCCCUCUGCGAAAUAAGUCUCUGCAGAGAAUCUGUGCUGUAGAUUAUGACGACAGCUAUGAUGAAAUCCUGAAUGGUUAUGAAGAGAAUUCUGUGGUCUCCUAUGGACCCGGAAGCAUUCAGAGCAUGGUCUCAUCUGACUCCACAACACCAGAUUCUUCUUUAACGGAAGAAUCACGUUCUGAGACAGCCAGUAGUUUAUCCCAGAAGAUUUGUAAUGGAGGGUUAUCUCCUGGUAACCAGGGAGAUCCUAAGAACAUGAAGGAAAUUGAGCCCAAUUAUGAAAGUCUCUCUGGUAAUAACCAGGAAGACUCAUCACAGACUCCCAAAAGCCCAAUAAAAGUUCCAGAGACACACAAAGCAGUCCUUGCUCUCCGAUUGGAAGAGAAGGAUGGCAAGAUUGCUGUACAAACUGAGAAACAAGAAAGUAAAGCCUCUACAGAUAUUGCUGGGCAAGCAGUAACCAUAAACCUCGUCCCUGUAGAAGAGCAAGCGAAGCCCUACAGAGUUGUGAAUUUGGAACAGCCACUGUGCAAGCCAUAUACUGUUGUGGACGUGUCGGCAGCCAUGGCCAGUGAGCACCUUGAGGGCCCUGUCAAAAGCUUCAAGAUGAAAAGCUCAUCUUCUACUCCAAACUCUCCAGUGACAUCGCCUGCAUUGGCAUCAGGACAAGUGAGUGCCCAUUUCCAAAAAUCUAGUGCAAUCCGAUACCAGGAAGUGUGGACUUCUAGUACCAGUCCACGACAAAAGAUACCUAAAGUGGAAUUAAUUAGUGGUGGAACUGGACCAAAUGUCCCUCCAAGGAAAAACUGUCACAAAUCAGCACCUACUUCCCCCACAGCUACAAACAUUUCUUCCAGAACCAUUCCGGUAAAGUCACCUAAUUUGUCUGAAAUAAAAUUUAAUAGUUAUAACAAUGCUGGUAUGCCACCUUUUCCAAUUAUCAUUCAUGAUGAGCCAACUUAUGCUCGGAGUUCCAAAAAUGCUAUCAAAGUUCCCAUUGUAAUCAAUCCAAAUGCAUAUGACAAUCUGGCUAUCUACAGGAGUUUUCUGGGAACAAGUGGAGAGCUCUCAGCGAAGGAAAAAACCACAAGUAUAAUAAGCCAUACUUAUGAAGAGAUAGAAACUGAAAGCCAAGUGUCUGAUAGCACCACUAACAAACCCACUGAAUGUCCCCAAGCUAAAGGGUUUUCAAACAGCACGGAGCAUAAAAGGGGCUCGGUGGCUCAAAAGGUUCAGGAGUUUAACAACUGUCUUAACAGAGCCCAGUCUUCACCACAGAGAAACUAUAGUUCUAGCCACAGUUCCCCAGCAAAGAUCCAGAGAACCACUCAGGAACCGGUGGCCAAAACAGAAGACACUCAGGAGUCUCAGACUGUGGGCAGUGGCAGUAGCACCAGGGAGAAAGCAAGCACAGUUCUUUCUCAGAUUGUGGCUUCUAUCCAACCCCCACAGUCUCCUCCAGAAAUGCCUCCAUCUGGCCCUAAAGCUUGCAGUGUGGAAGAGCUUUAUGCCGUUCCUCCAGAUGCCGACACCGCUAAGAGUACACCUAAGAGUACACCAGUCCGGCCCAAAUCUCUCUUUACAUCUCAGCCCAGCGGUGAAGCUGAAGCACCUCAGACCACAGAAAGCCCUACCACCAAAGUACAGAAAGAUCCACUCUCAAAGCCGGUCACCACCCCUCCCUCCAAAUUAGUGAUGAGCCCCCAAAGUGAGCCAGCACCUCCCUUCCCUCCCCCACGCUCCACUUCCUCUCCUUACCAUGCAAGUAACCUUUUGCAGAGGCAUUUCACCAACUGGACCAAGCCAACCAGCCCUACUAGGUCAACGGAAGCUGAAUCAGUUUUGCAUUCUGAAGGAAGCAGGCGGGCAACUGACGCAAAACCUAAGCGCUGGAUAUCAUUUAAAAGCUUCUUCCGCCGUCGGAAGACAGAUGAGGAGGAUGAAAAAGAGAAAGAGCGAGAGAAAGGGAAACUGGUGGGCCUGGAUGGCACAGUCAUCCACAUGCUGCCCCCUCCGCCAGUUCAGCGUCAUCACUGGUUCACAGAAACCAAAGCAGAGUCCAGUGAGAAGCCAGCCAUUGUCUUCAUGUACAGGUGUGACCCUGCCCAAGGCCAGCUCAGUGUGGAUCAGAGUCAGGCCGGAGCCAACCAGACAGCAGUCAUGGAGAAGAGUGGAAAAGAAGAUACUUUCCUACAGGACUCGGAGAAGAAGAAAAGGAGUCAUUCUUCUCCAUCACAGCUUCCUAAAAAAAUUCUCAGUCAUGUGACCCAUGAAGUGACAGCAGAAGAUUUUUCUCCUCGGGAUCCAAGGACUAUUGUCGUGAAGCAAGAUGGCCGGGGCUGUACUUCAGCCACAUCAGCACUGCCCUUACCAGAACUGGAGAGGGAAGAAGAGAAAGAAGACACUUCAGAUCCUGUGGACCUGAGCUCUUGUAGUGCAACAUACAGCAAUUUAGGGCAAUCUAGAGCAGCCAUGAUACCUCCCAAGCAUCCACGGCAGCCAAAGGGAGCUUUGGAUGAUGCCAUUACCUUUGGGGGUAAAACCGACCAAGAAGCACCUAAUGCUUCCCAACCCACACCACCCCCACUGCCAAAGAAAAUGAUCAUAAGAGCCAACACAGAGCCAAUCUCCAAAGACCUCCAAAAAUCCCUAGAAAGUAGUCUUUGUGUCAUGGCUAAUCCUACCUAUGAUAUCGACCCCAACUGGGAUGCCAGCAGUGCCGGCUCUUCCAUCAGCUAUGAACUCAAGGGACUGGACAUUGAGUCUUAUGACUCCCUGGAAAGACCUUUGCAAAGGGAGAGACCUAUCCCCUCGGCAGCGAACAGCAUCUCCAGCUUAACCACUCUCAGCAUUAAGGACAGAUUUUCCAACAGCACAGAGUCCCUGUCCAGCCGGCGUGGUCCCUCUUGCAGACAGGGCCGAAGCAUCCAGAAGCCACAGAGACAAGCACUUUAUCGAGGACUUGAGAAUCGGGAGGAAGUAGUGGGUAAAAUUCGAAGCCUUUAUACGGAUGCCUUGAAGAAACUGGCUGUUAAAUGUGAAGACCUCUUCAUGGCUGGGCAGAAAGACCAACUCCGUUUUGGGGUGGACAGCUGGUCAGACUUCAGGCUAACAAGCGACAAGCCAUGUUGUGAGGCAGGCGACGCAGUGUACUACACAGCUUCAUAUGCAAAAGAUCCACUUAAUAACUAUGCAGUCAAGAUCUGUAAGAGCAAAGCUAAAGAAUCCCAGCAGUAUUAUCACAGCUUGGCUGUCCGGCAGAGUUUAGCUGUCCAUUUUAACAUCCAGCAGGACUGUGGUCAUUUCCUUGCUGAAGUUCCUAACCGUCUGCUUCCCUGGGAUGAUCCCGAUGGCCCAGAAACAGAAGAGGAUAAAGUGGAAGAGACCGAAGAAGAGGUGAAAGGAGAGGCUGAUGGGAAAAGCCCAGAGCCCUGCUCUGAAACUGAGUCCUCCCAGAAAGAGAGUGAGGGGGUCGUGAGCCGGAAGCAGAGGAGCCACGUGGUGGUCAUCACCAGAGAGGUGCCCUGUCUCACCGUGGCUGAUUUUGUGCGUGACUCUCUGGCCCAGCAUGGGAAAAGCCCUGAUGUGUAUGAGAGGCAAGUGUGCCUGCUGCUUUUACAGCUGUGCUCUGGCCUUGAGCACCUCAAACCCUACCACGUCACUCACUGCGACCUACGCCUAGAGAACCUUCUGCUUGUCCACUACCAGCCUGGCGGGACUGCCCAGUGCCUCGGGCCUGCAGAGCCCAGCCCCACCUCGUCUUGUCCCACCAGGCUCAUAGUGAGCAACUUCUCUCAGGCCAAGCAGAAGAGCCAUCUGGUAGACCCUGAGAUCCUCCGGGACCAGUCCCGCCUUGCCCCAGAGAUCAUAACAGCCACCCAAUAUAAAAAGUGUGAUGAGUUCCAGACAGGCAUCCUCAUCUACGAGAUGCUGCACCUGCCCAACCCCUUCGAUGAGAACCCAGAGCUGAAAGAGAAGGAAUACACGCGAGCAGACCUGCCUCGCAUCCCACUCCGCUCCCCCUACUCCCGAGGCCUGCAGCAGCUGGCCAGCUGCCUCCUGAAUCCCAACCCUUCAGAGCGGAUCCUCAUUUCAGACGCCAAAGGCAUCCUCCAGUGUCUGCUCUGGGGCCCCCGAGAAGAUCUCUUCCAGACUUUCGCCGCCUCCCCGAGCCUGGUACAGAGGAAUGCCCUUCUCCAAAACUGGCUAGACAUCAAGCGAACACUCCUGAUGAUCAAGUUUGCCGAGAAGUCGCUGGACAGGGAGGGUGGAAUCAGCCUCGAGGACUGGCUCUGUGCUCAGUAUUUGGCUUUUGCCACUACAGACUCCCUCAGCUGUAUUGUGAAAAUCCUCCAGCACCGUUAGUGUGUCCUGGAUGCUGCUUUCACUUCAUUUUCACCUUCUUCAUGUCGCCCACGUGCUUCCCCUUCCUAGUACUCAUACAGAAUUCAAGGAAAGAAGAGAGAGACAAGCUUUCUGUUGCUGCCCGUGAACAAAUGAGUCCAUUCAGAAAGGCUUUCCACGGCUCCAAAUCAAGUGGAUAGCUGAGUCUGUCUUAACGUUACAGAAAUUCAACUGGAUAAACGUGCAAUUGCCUUCCACUGGAACACUUCCACCGUAAUAGUCCCACAAAUGCAGGUAAAGAAACAUGGAAACACACAUCCUCAAAGAGACAGCUCCUUUGGUAUGAACUCAGUGAGCUGUGUCCAGUUUCUCCAUGAUUCUGACUGUCACCCAUCUUUUUAACAGCAAGUAUUUAUUCUCACUAGCAAUAGACAAUUUAACCAGCCCCUACCAUCAUCCAGUAAGUCUCACAACAGACUCUUUCUUCUUGAAGGUAUCAAUAACUAACUGCCUCUUUGACCAGGCAGAAAUGCCACCCUUAGUAUCAGUCCAGUUUUGGUUACUGGGGACUACGUCCUUUGUUCCAGCUGAGAGUGGAAGGCAAAGGAGAGAGCCCAUACCUUGGGUCCUAGGCCCCUUUUCAUUUCUAUUAUCCAUAAGAGUGUGCAUUGCGUGGAGGAUGGCCCUAAGAGUCUCCCCUCUGCCAAUACUGCCUGAUUCUCCUCCACCUCUGCUCUCGCCCCAUUGGCCAGUGAAGUCGGGGUUUCUCAGCCUCUUGUGGCCCUUGACAGAGCUCACCCACAGUGGUGUCACCGAUGCUUCCUCAGGGUGGAGUGCAGUUCAGAGCUUAUAAAUAGCUGGCAGGACACAAGGAGAUGAUUUUCCUGCAUGUGCAAUUCUCCAGGGGCCGUCAGGGGGACGGAGUGUAAAGCACCGCUCUCUGAUUACUGUCAGAGCUAUCAGCGUUGGCAGCCAGGGCUGCUGGUGCCCUGAUCACAGUUUUCCCCCAAGCAAUAAUUGACUAGCUUCCUUCUCUCUCAGUAGCCAGUGUUAACUAGUCUACCAGAUGCUGUAGACAACAGCCCUGAAUGAAAUGGCUGUCGGCUGAGCUCUCAGAUCGCCUUAGAGGGCACAGACGGCUGGCUGUUGGGGUGGCCUGAAGACAGGGGAGGGGCAGAGGGCCGCUGGAUGAGACUGCUGACCUCCUCCUCAGAAUGCUGACCUUUUCUCUAGAGACUGCCACCCGGUGCAAGUAGCACACUGUUCCUAUGACUCCCUCUAAAAUGGCUCUGGAGGACAGCUCGCAGGGAAUUUAGAUUGCUCAGUGGGUGGCUGAGAGCUGGUCCCCGUGCAUGGAGCCUCUGCUCCCCCUAUGGAUAUAUGUGCAAUCUUUGUAUGUAUUUUUUUAGCUGUAUAUUACAGUGUUAUGUUGCAACUUCACCUGAAGCGAGACCUACAGAAACCCUCCCCCUUCUUCCCUGGCACAUAUUUGCGCUGAGAGACAAGCGUUCUUUCCACAGGUGUGUUUGUGUGUGUGUGUGUAAGUGUGUGAUUGAGUGUGCUUGUUUUAUCCAAAACUGUGAGUAUCUGUUUACUUCAACCUUGAUAUCCUGAGUCAUUCGAACAGUGUGAGUGUGUGUGCACGUGUGUCCUUGUGUGUGCGUGCACAAGUGUGCUGGAAGUAGAGGCAAGGCCUCUGGGGGAGCAGCUUGUGGCAGGGCUGAUAGAUAAGUUCUCUGCAUCUAGUCAGUGAGGGAGCCCUGGGCCCUCAUCCACCAGCACAGAGUUUCUUAAAGCCAAGACUGAGUGUGCGGUAUUACUUUACUAGCACAUGAGUGGCCUUGGGAACUUCUAAACUUCUAAUGUUUUAACAGCCUUUCAUGUGAUUCACCUGUAUCAAAGAGGAUCAAGAAAGGAGAAAAAUGUAUUUUAUUGUGCGCUUUUUUUUUUUUUUUUUAAGAGAAACAUGUUUGAAGGGAUACGUGAGGCUCCAUAGUGAGGCUGUCCUCCUGGCCAGCAGUAGAGGACUCCCGGGGAACAGAGCUGUUUGGCCCAUGAAGAGUCUGGCCUCCUCUCGCCAGAGUGCGGGACGCUGCCCCCAGGAAAGGCCACAGAGUGGACUCUCUCAAUGUCCUGUGGCCUGGCUGCGCCUUGCCUGGCAGGCUGGCGUUUGGUUCACCUUUGCAUAGCCCAUGUGCACAUAACUCCUUGCUUAACGAUACACUGAAGCGGCAGCACACAGACCACUGACCAUGUCGGCCAGCACAUUGCCUCAACCCUCCCCCCAUGGUUUGCAUAUUGAGACAUAGCUUAUCAGUGUCCCUCUCAUGGUGCCUUGCCCAUGUGCAUUUGAAUGUUGACUGUUAAUGAGUUACAUAUUUAAUGCAGAAUGUUCCCUAUUUGUUCUCUAGGUAGGUAUAUCUUUUUGUUCGUGGUCUUCAUUUUAACUCUCUAGUAUAAUUAGUAUAAUAAGCAUGGACACCCUCCACUAUCAUCAUUUUAUAGCACUGGUAAACUGAGCACCUCUUAUAUCAGAUGUGCUCAUUACUGUUUUUAUAUUUAAAUGUGUUAAGUGAAAAAGAUGAACGUCGACUAGUCACAGAAGGCUUCCCAGAGACAGGUGGCUAGAUCAUUUUUCUCUGGGUGAUGGCAGAGGCUUGUGAGGUGGGGCAAGGAGCGGGUGUACUGGCUAGAGCAGAAUACAGAGAGGAACUGUACUUCCAGGCAAGAAGUACUACAUAAGAUGAUCCUCAGAUAUUUUCCCAAAAUAAUGAAAUUCAGUUAAUCUAACAUUGCCACAAAUAUUUUACAUUUCUGUUUUAAUUAUAGUAGGAAUUUUUAACUCAUUCACCAACUCUAAAGAAGUCCUAGCCCCAGACACAGAAUAUGUGUGAGUUUUGGAUUGUGACUAGUAUAGCACUUUAAGUUUUCUCAAGUAACAUCAAGUUGAUGUCUUCAAUAUUGAUCAGACUUUUUUUUUUUCUUUUCUGUCAAAGUCUAUUCUAUAGUGUCUUCCAUUUAUAUUGAGAAUUUGAACAAUUAAGCCACUAUGGGAACUUUUUAUGCCACACAGAGCAAGAACAAUCUCUCUGACACAUUUGGGUGCUGGAGAAACAGGACAAUGGCUAGAGUAGCCAAGACUGAAUGUAUAGCCGAGUGCCUUGUUACAGUGGAAACCUAGUCUUAGAAGGAAGAGAGUCAAUAGAUAUUCCACCACAAAGAGGACAAGGACUAAAAGAAGCCUCCCAUGCUAGCCUGAGGAGAGCCUCUUUGUACCUACACUAAUGUGAUGUCCAGAAGCUAAUUCUGGAAGAAUAGUGGCAGAAUGGGAAAACGAGCUAUUGAAACCUGUGGAAUCAAGGACAAAAGAAUUGUGAAUAAAAUGCACCAACCUCUAAGCUGAGUUAGAAUUGGAAACCAAGAGUAUGACAAUGGGUUUCAAGUUUUGCCCUCAGAAGAUGGAGGAACUGGGUGAAGCGUGGAGGUUGGGGCGCCCAAGCAUCUGCUGAUGUUACGAGGACGAAUGCAAAGUGCAUUUGCUAGGGGUGUGAUUCUGAGCAGCUAUUGUCAGAUUAAGUGGGACCAGUUUUGAUUCCAAACUCAAAGUAAGUUUGUGAACGUGGAAAACUCUCAGCCAAAGAGGUCGAAACCUCUAGAAUUGAUAAUACUAACAUUUCUGAAAGUAAAACUAGCUAAAAUAGUAUUUUAAAGUUUCCAGCAUUGCAAAAUUUCCAUGAAAGAUCUUUGGAUUCACUAAACAGUAGGGCAUGAAAAUAUUGCAGUCAGCUUCACACAUUUAUGAUUACUUUGGUGCUGGGAAGUAACCUGACAUUUGGUGGAUGGAGGAAGAGUACUGCACAGUAUUUCAGGUGCUUCCAGCUGUGUGCAUGAAAUACGAACAUACCUGGAGAGGGGAAAAGAGGAAUUUGACUCCCUGGGACAAUUCUGACAUGUUUUUCAUUCCCCUCACUAGUUGGUAAGGAUUGGAAAUUCUGGUCCAGCCUAAUGAGUUGAACAGGAUGGCUGCCUACGAAACCAGGUUAUUAGUUUUACGUCAUUGAAGCUGAUAUACUCAAAGGCCCAAAGUGCUAUGCUGAGACAAAUCCAAGUGCUGCUCUUGCUGAAGUGUGCACUGAAGUCCAGCUGUCCCUCCUUACAGCAGCGCCGAAACGGAGGAUUCCACGGACCAAAAAUGACGCCGUAAGGGAAGCUGUAGGGCUGUGAUGCAAGACCCUAGAUAGAGAUGAUACCAAAGAAACUAAGCCUUUUAUCUUGAUGCUUCUAAAAUGAUGAGGUUGAGUUAUGACAGAUGCCGUGGGAGGGGAAGUCACACACAUUCCAUGUCAGGGUAUUCAGCUGAUAAAUCUAUCCUCAAUCCAUCCUCAAAAAAAGCACCUUUUUUUUUCUUUUUAAGCAAGUCCAUUUUGUAUAUUAGAAAAAAAGCUGAUGAUGAUGAAAGCCCUGGGCAGAUUGUAAAGUUCCCCAGUGUUUAUGGAGAAGGAACUACCCAUCUAGUCUUGAAUGACUGUGGCUAUUGCCCACACCUCAGCUUAGGAACAUCAUGUCAUAACACUGAUAGCUGAAGGAUUUUUUUUUUUUUUUUUUAAGAGUUAUGGUAGUUUCAAUAGGUUUGUUUAAGGAACUCUU